UGCCGCAGUGAUUUCUUUUUCCCCCCUCUCCAUGGAAUAUUGAUUUUUGCGGCUGCGCGUGAUGGAGUUUAUGAGAGCGCUCACCCCCGUGUCGGUACUGCGGUCCGUGUCCUCGGUGGGUCUGUCCCUCAGCCAGCAUGUCCUGCCCCUGGCUAAGCCCCGGCCCUUCAGGAUUUGCACUCACAACCGGAGCAGGCGGAGGGGUGUGGUGGCCAGUUCACUGGAGGACCUUGUCAACAAGACCUCCAGCGUCUUCCUGCUGACGUGUCAUUUCCUGACGCUCGUGUUGGAGGAAGACGGUACCGUGGUGGACACCGAGGCCUUCUUCCAGUCUCUGCCAGCCAACACUCAGCUCAUGGUGCUAGAGAGGGGGCAGAUGUGGACACAAAGGAAGGGCCUCCCAGGUUUCCGACGACCCAGGAAAAAUGAAAUUGCCAAGUUGAGCUUUGACCUUUACAAGCUGAAUCCAAAGGACUUCAUUGGCUGCCUGACCAUUAAAGCGUCUCUGUAUGAUGCUUACACCUUGUCAUAUGACAUCCAGUUCAUGAGGGCAAAAGAGAUUGUCAAGUCAAUCUUGCGGUGUCUGACGUACGUGUCUCAGGUGGCCGGUCACCUGCUCAUUUGCAGCUCAUCCUGCCUCCUGCAGUAUGUAGGGGAGGAUGACUAGACCAUGGGCAUGUGUGCUGCCUUCUGUCCUUCUGCAGUGCUGCAUCUGACUCAAAUGAUGUAGUAUCCCUUGGACCAAGGAGAUGCUCCCUGCCACCCAGCACUUUAAGAACCAUCUAAGCACCUUUAGCAACUCUAAACACAAUGGAUUACUGAAAGUACUGUGUCUGGUGACCUGAAACUAAAACAUCUAACAUCUCUCUUUCAUUCGCAUGAACAGAUUUCUCACUUUUUCUGUUUUGCUAACGAAUCAAUUCCUGUACAUUGAUAUUCUUAUUGUGGUCAUCGAGCUAAAAUGUUUCACUUGGGUUGUAGCUUGCGGUUUGAAUAGCCGACCAGAUUGUCUCAUAAUUGAAGUUAUGAUGAUGGGCUGGAAUCAAAAUAAUCUAAAAUAGAUGUGCUGUACAUAAAACAAAAGGUUCAGUUAUGAGACCCCCAUGAGCCUUAAUCAUUAAAGAAGGCAGCUGGAUUAGAUCUGAAUGUCUAAAGCUACUGACAGUACAAUGUGCUGCUCACUUCUCAUAUAUAAUAAAAAGUGCAUGCAAAAAAUUCUUUAAAUAUUGCUCUUUAUCUGGGGUAACUUUGUCUAAGGCUCUG